AAUACUUUGGGUCUGCAAUAUUUGUUUGUUGUUACCGUUUUAGGGAUGAUGGAUAUUGGUUUUAGUUGAUUGAUACUGACAAAAUAUGUUUCUUGUUCUUUUACAGACAGGAAAAUCAAGACAUUUUGGGUACAUAGAAUUUGAAUCUCCUGAGGUAGCGAAAAUUGUAGCUGAUACUAUGCACAAUUAUCUCCUUUUUGAGCACCUUCUCCAAGUUCAUGUUGUACCUCCAGAGCAUGUUCAUUCAAGAUUAUGGAGAGGAUUCAGUUAUCGUCACAAGCCAUUGGAUUAUGUCCAAAUUGAACGGAAGCGUCAUGACAAGGAAAGAACCUUAGAAGAGCACAAAAAAUUGGUGGAGAGGAUUCUAAAACAUGACCAAAAACGACGGAAAAGGAUAGAGGCUGGUGGAAUUGAUUUCGAAUGCCCUGAGAUUAUGGGUAACAUCCAGCCUGCUCCAAAGAAAAUAAAGUUUGAUGACUGAGUCGGUAAUCCGACUCAUCUU